GAAACAGAGGCUUGGGGAAGAGCAUCUGUGCUGCUCAGCUGACGGGUAGAGAUCCGAGAAGGGUUUGAUUGAUUCAGAGCGUGAAGAGCGAUACUAUAAUUUAUUUUAGAAAUUAAAAUUAUCGUUUUCUUACAAAACUUUAUCGUAACUGAAAGGGUGGAAAAAAUUGAAAAGAAAAUAAUUUGCGUAAGAACCUCUUGUUUCAAGCCUUGGCAUAUUUGAGAAUUCUAAGCUACGAAUCACAAUAAAUAACAGUAGAAGAUCUAGAAAAACAGAAUUGACUGGAAAUAAUUGUUCCAGGUUCGUAAUUUUUGCUGCCGAACAGGUGAUUGAUUUGCAUAUCUGGUUUGAUUGGCACAGAAAACUUGUUUGCUAAAAAUAAGUUUGCUUCAAUUCAUUCUUUGGAAGAAGUACAAGGUCGUAUCAUUUCUGCCAAGACCCUGCCCAUUUUAUUUGCAUUAUUUUACCCAUUUUUCAAGCUGAUUCUAUUGACUGCACUUUUGUUCUAAUACCCCUGUUCUGAAGAAUCGAGACAUCAUGUUCAGUUCUUUAGCGAAGUACAUUUUUGGUGGACUUAUUGGAAAUUCUAAUGAACCAGUGGAAUGUGAAACGCAGGAAGUGAAUGACUGGUUGCUGGUCAACUUGCCUGAUCAGGUUGGAAAAGACUUAAAUAUAGACAUAGAUUAUGAAGAGGAAAAUGAAAAGGAAGAGGAAAUAGAUAACACUGAACUCAAUGUUCACACGGAAAAAGAAGAGGAAAUAGAUAACGCUGAACAUCACCAUAUUCCCAGCGAAAAAGAAGAGAAAAUAGAUAACACUGAACAUUACUAUGUUCACAGUGAAAAAGAAGAGGAAAUGGAUAACACUGAACAUUACAAUGUUCACAGUCAAAAUGAGGAGGAAAUAGAUAACACUGAACAUCACUAUGUUCACAGUGAAGAAGAUGAAGAAAACAGUGAAGAGGAUGAAGAAAGUAGCGAAGAAGAUGAAGAGAGCAGUCAAGAGGAUGAAGAAAGUAGUGAAGAAGAUAAAGAAAGUUGUGAAGAGGAUGAAGAUGAAAAUCAAGAAGUGGUGCCUGCACAGAAAAAGGAAAGUAUUUGUGACUAUGAUAAAUCAUAUUGUGAAUUACAAAUUCCUUACGAGGUCAAACUUAGUUUUAAUCUGCAAGCAACUGAACAAGUGAUAAAUGAAUCUUUUCUUAGUUUACAAAAAAUUGACUCAGUCGCAAUGAGAGACUUAUUCGUUUAUGAAAGUAAAUUAACUUCGGUUCGAAUACUCUUCAACCUACGACUGAAUCAACUUACUGUUAAUGUAAGAGCACCGAAGAGACUACGUAAUCCUGCCUCACAUAUAAAAAACCAUACAAGCCAGUCAGCAAUAUCUCCCAAAGCAGAACUUCUAGAACGAAUUAAAGAUCUGAAACCUGCACAGAGAGCUAUAGAAUACGAAAAGAAGAAAUAUAUUUCAAGAUCUCAGUUAAAUCGUCAAAACAGAAAUUACAUAUUUCAAGCAAGCUCCAAAACAAAUCGUAGAAAGAACUUGCAACGACACCAUUCAGGUGCAAACAACAACCGUAGAUGCUGAUUUCUAUAUGUGUGAAGCAGUUCAAAUGCCAUUUGAGAGCAAAUUUUUAGGCUAAGAAAAGUAUUUUAAUCUUAGUUUCAAAUCAUUUGCAUUACGAUUAGAAAAAUGUAUGGAUAAAACUCCAUUAAAGGCAUGAUUUUCGUAAUGCAUGUUACGUCCUUGUCGUUACUUUAGAUUCUGGAAAAUUUUCUUUUUUAUUAAAUUAGCGCAAAAUGUAGCACGAAGUUUUCAGUUUCUAUUUUAAGAUGCAAAGUAUUAAAUGCAUAUAUUUAACUAAACUAAUUCAGUAAUAUCUAUGCCACGACUUAAGUUUGAAAGCUAGGAAAUAUUGUUAUUUAUAUGUGGCAAGAAAGGAUUCUGCGUUAAAAAAGAUGAAAGCAAUGAAGCAUCAAUAAAUGUAUUAAAAAAUCAAAUCCUACAGUUCAGCUUUUAAUGGAACUAUUUGCUUGAUUGUACAGUUACAGAGAACAGGAGUGAUGCAAAUAACCACCUCUAGAAAGUUUUGAAAGAUCCCUGUAGUAUGUAUGUCUGAUGUGUGGUUUGACAGUACCGUAGCUUGUAGUGUUACGUAAAUAAUAUAAUGAACUGUUUUGGUUGUAGAGUCUAACUGCAUUCAAUGGCGUCGAAUUAUAAAAAAAUUAGAAGUCUGCUUUCUAAUUUAUUGUUACGUUCUAACAGUGAAACAAUUUCAUGUACUUAUGUGUUUACAAGUAUUUUCGUGAGUAUUUUAGAUUUCAUUAAACUCGCGAAAUUUUGCUUUGAUUUCAUUUAUAUUUAUUUGCUUUGACGUCAGUUACUUAUUUCUUCAAAUUCGAUAGGUAAUAUAUGAUCUAAUUCUAUAUAUCUUAAUUUUUUUCCAAAGUGUCUGAUAUAUUUAUCAGUGUUGUAAUAUUCAGUUUUGAUUAUUUUUCUAUUUUUCAAAUUACAAUAUCAUUAGAAGUUUUGCAGAAGUACCUGAUUUUAGAUUCUAUUAGUUCAUAUAAUAUGCCCUUUUGACUUGCAUAAUAAGUGAACAUCUUUCCAUAUCUUAAUAAGUGCACAUCUUUCUUUAAAUACUGUAAACUGUUUUCAGUAAUAUUCUCUUUUAGUUUCAUCUUAUAUAUCAUGAGACAUUUAAGAUGUUGAGACAUUUAUAAUGUAAGUACGAAACUGCCACCAUUUUUUGAGAAAAAUGACAAUUUAAUGGAUAUUGUAGUGUAGAAUUGAAAUUGGCAAUGUACAAUAAGUAUUAGAUUGUUAAAACUGACAUUAACAUUUAUGCGAAAUGUUAAAUGAAAGCUGCAUGCACGAUAACUUGACUGGAUUCACCUAAGAUGAGCAUGAUACGAUAUGUACAUGUAAAGCUAAAUUAAAUAUAUUAAAAAAUUUCUUUAGUAUGGUUUAUGUUUCAUUGUAUCCAGUAUGACCCAUCAAAACUAUUUGAACUGCUUCAUCAUUUAUUAGGAAAAAUGAAGGAAAAUGGACACAGCUAAGAAUAAAGGAAGUUUGUAAAAAUGGGGACGAUGAAGAACCGUGCAUUUAAAACUGCCUCCUACCAGCCUAAUAUGUAUAAAUUUUUUAUUUAUAAAUGCUGAUUUCUUUACAUCCAUAUUAUUAUGGAUUUUACGAUGACAAACUUUAUGAGAUAUGUACAAAUACUAGACGCAGUUUAGAAAGCAUGAAUUUAUUAAAUAUAUUAAAAGAACUUUCAAGUUGUUUUCUGUAAGUACAUUUAUUUCAUUGUACAGUACCUAUUCAUGCUCCCAGACGUGUAAAAUAAAAUGUUUUUUCAUUCUUACGUAUUUUAUUUUUUGUUUUAGAAUAGUCGUGUAUAUUAAUGAUUCAUUGCAUAUGUAAAAUAAAAUGUUUUACCAUCACUCA